AUGAUAAUUAUUAUUCCGCUGUCCAGUCCACCUUUAUGUGAUGUGUGCAUUACGGAGGCUGAUGUUGUCUUUGACACUGUUUCUUUAGUUGGUCCUGGAAUUGUUGUGGUUGGUACUACUGUUGUUGUUGGUGCUGCUGUUGUGGUUGGUGCUGCUGUCGUUGGUGCUGCUGUUGGUGGUGCUGCUGUCGUUGGUGCUGCUGUUGUUGUUGGUACUGCUGUUGUUGGUGCUGCAGUUGUGGUUGGUGCUGCUGUCGUUGGUACUACUGUUGUUGUUGGUACUGCUGUUGUUGUUGUUGGUGUUGCUGUCGUUGGUGCUGAAGUUGUUGUUGGUACUGCUGUUGUUGUUGUUG